AUGUAUGUGCUCAUUGACGUAGUCAUGAACCACAUGGGCAACGAGUUCUUCUUCGAGGGUCAUCAAAGCGACACAGCUCCUUUCCGAUUCCAUGAGAACCAUGGUCUCAGGGAAUACCGGCUAAUCACACGCCGAGCUGCCAGUGAGCUCUACGACACGCCGGCCGGAAAGCAGCCCUACAUGGACUUCUACUUCAACAACACAUGGGUUCCCGAGGCCACAUAUUCCAGCCCGUUCUACGGGCAGUACGGCGAAGCCGCGUGGGAUCAAGGCCAGGGAACUUAUGACGGUUCCGACUUCCACCACAAUGGUGAUCUGCAGAACUAUGCAGACCCCUGGGAAAUCAAUGUUGCCAAAAUCUACGGCACGAUGGACGACCUGAGGCUGGAACACAGUCGCGUGCAGGACAAGUACAUUGCCAUGACGCAAGCCCUCAUCCAAAGUGCCGAUGUGGACGGCUUCCGAGUCGACACUCCCAUGCAGGUGCCCUUGCCUUUCUACAAGAGAUGGGCCCCGGAGAUCCGCAACUUCGCGAAAUCCUUGGGAAAGGAGCGCUUCGGACUCUUUGGGGAGUUCUACGUCACCACCGAGAGGUACGCCACCAUGACAGGCCGCGGCAAGGACAACGGGAUGUACGGCCAAGACCGCUUCAUAGCUGGCGAAGCCACCCUGAAAGGCGGUAUUGUGUAUCCAUACUAUUGGUACACCUUCACUGCCCUGGUCUACAAGAGGCCCCGCUUUGCAGAUGGCUUCGCCUUGGCCUACGAGCAGGAGAACCGAAUGAUCGACACCUUCGACCCAAGCACCAACCGCUCGGAGUAUGCACAGUGGAUCUUCUGCAACAACCACGACAACUGGCGGAUCCAGAGCCUUACUGGGAAGGCUCAGCUGCUCAUGUGCUUGGCCGUGAUCACGUUCUGGCCGGGGCUGCCGCUUCACUAUGCCGGCGACGAGCAGGACCUCGGCACGCCGGGGAGCGCGCUGGAUGGCUGGGCGCGGGAGGAGUUGAGCCCAUCCAUUGCAUGGAGUGCGGUGAAGACGACGCCGCAAGGGAACCCGGCAGAUCGCGAUAACUUUGACAUGACGUCCUCCACCUAUCGCCACAUAGCGCGCCUCAACGCGCUGCGCAGGGCCUACUUUGCCGGUUUCGGGAGUGCCACCUGCGAUCAAGUCGGUUCGCCGGUGCCUCAAGUCCAGGACCUCCUCAUCUUCUGGCGAGGCUGCGAUGAGCAAGGCCGGGUAACGGUCAUCGCCAACUUCCAUACCGAGGAGUCUCGAGUGGCGACCUUCUACUCUCCUUGGGCAGAGGGCACGAGGCUCACGGACGCGCAGGAGGAUGGUGUUGAGGUCGUGGUGCAAAGUGGUGGCCUAAUCUCCCUCCCUGUGGCACCGCUGCAAGCCCUGAUCCUGGUGCUGGGCGCGGUGCGCCCCGUGCCCCCGACGGUGGUGGAGGUCCAGCCCGGGCAUGCCGCGAUUCUGGCGGUUGACCAGAGCCCAGCGGAGAAGUUCCGGAUCAGCGUCCGCUUCGACCGGCCCAUGGACUCCUUCGUGGCCUCGGUGGUCACGCUGGACGGCCGGCCGGGGAAGUUCAGCUGCGUGGACUCGAGUUGCCAGGCUGCGUUCCUGGAGCUCGACAGUGUAGCUGCUCUGGCGGAUGGCUUCCAUGAGGUGGCUGUGCCGUCUGGUGUGCAAGGCGUCGAUGGCCAGGAGAUGUUUGCGACGUUCCGCUCUAGCUUCCUGGUGCACCGGGGACGAGACGUCAUUGCAGAGCCGCAGAUGCAUGAACAGCCUGGGCUGAUCUGCAUGGACUUCGGCCAUCUCUGCCACGAGGCAUCGGGUGCUAAAUGGAUGAGGAUGCAGAAUGUACGCCAGCACAGCAAGUGGUCAGAGUGGGUUCCGUAUCAGAAUGUGAGCGAUUGGCUGGUCUACCCGGGCAUUCCCGUCCUGGUGCAAUAUCACGCCGGCUGGCACCACGAGAUGUUCCUGCGCGGAGACUUCAACGGGUGGGGUGAGAUCCAGGAAGGUCGCAUGAAGCGGGCCUUGCCCUGA